UGUUUUUUUAUUAUUCAAUUAUAUACCUAUGUGUAUGUGUUUUUAAUUCACUAUAAUUAAUAUGUGUUUUAUCUUCAUUUCAGAUUUACGAUGUUGAUAAGGUGUAGGGCGGCACUGGGUGUCGCCGUGUUCCUCUUUCUAUUUUCAUCCACGUUAUCUGAGGGCAACCUCUUCACCUGUCCUAAUGGCUGGGAGUUAAAGGGGCUUCACUGUUACAAAUUUUUUAAUAUCAGGCAUUCUUGGGAAAAAGCGGCUGAAUUAUGCCGAAGAUACGGAAGUGAGCUCAUGGUAAUAGAUAGUUAUACGGAAAAUAAUAUGACCGCAAGCUUGGUGCCAUCUACUCCUACCAACACCCAUUAUUGGCUUGGUCUUGCUACAGUUGAUGACUUAAGAACAAAUACUUUAGAAUCAGCUGCGGGAACUCUAGUUUCACAAUAUGCAGGCUUUUGGGAUCUAAAACAGCCAAAUCCCAAAAAAGGAGAAUGUGUAGAUGUGCAUGUUACUUCAGAAAGCCAAUCAUGGGAAUUAACUACUUGUGAAACCCUUCUCCCUUUUAUGUGCAGAGCAUCUGCUUGCCCGGCGGGAACCUUCCUUUGUUCGAACGGAAGAUGCAUUAACGCGGCCUUCAAAUGCGACAAACAAGAUGAUUGUGGUGAUGCAUCGGACGAAAUGGAUUGCGCUAAUGAAUGUCAUUUUUACAUGGCAAGUAGUGGCGACGUAGUAGAGAGCCCUAACUACCCGCACAAAUAUGCUGCCUUUAGUGAAUGUAAAUGGACACUUGAAGGACCUCAAGGACAAAACAUCGUACUACAGUUCCAAGAUUUUGAAACUGAAAAGUCUUUUGAUACUGUUCAAAUCUUAGUUGGUGGUCGAACUGAAGAUAAAUCUGUCAACCUAGCUACGCUAUCAGGAAAACAAGAUUUAUCUAACACUCUUUAUGUAUCUGCUUCUAACUUUAUGAUAAUUAAAUUUAGUUCUGACGGAUCGGUUGAACGAAAAGGUUUUCGUGCAUCGUGGAAAACUGAAUCUUCUAAUUGCGGUGGUAUUCUUAGAGCAACUCCUCAAGGUCAAAUACUUACAUCUCCUGGCUAUCCAAAUAGUUAUCCUGGUGGCUUAGAGUGUAUGUACAUUAUUGAAGCACAACCAGGAAGAAUUGUUUCUUUGGAAAUCGAAGAUUUAGAACUUGAAAUGAAUAGAGACUAUAUAGUUAUUAAAGAUGGAAACACUCCAUCUAGUCCAGUACUCGCUAGACUAACUGGGCCUGGUGAAGAAAAUGAAAAAGUAGUAAUAUCUACCACAAACCAUUUGUAUAUGUAUUUCCGGACUAGCCUUGGAGAUUCUAAAAAGGGAUUCAAUAUGAGAUAUUCCCAAGGCUGCAGAGCCACAAUUAUAGCGGCAAACGGUACUUUUACUUCCCCAGCAUAUGGUCUCAGCAAUUAUCCAAAUAAUCAAGAAUGUUUAUACAGGAUUAAAAAUCCAAACGGUGGACCACUAUCUUUAAAAUUUGAUGAAUUCAAUAUUCAUUCUUCCGACGUAGUACAAGUUUUUGAUGGUUCAAGUACAAGUGGAUUACGACUACAUUCUGAUAACGGGUUUACUGUAAAACCAAGAAUAACAUUAACUGCUUCGAGCGGAGAAAUGCUGAUACGUUUUAUGUCUGACGCUUUACAUAACAGUGUUGGCUGGAAAGCAACAUUUUCAGCAGAUUGCCCCCCUAUACAAUCGGGUACAGGUGCCUUAGCAUCAAACAGAGAUACUGCGUUUGGAACAACAAUAACAUUUUCAUGUCCAAUAGGUCAAGAGUUUGCUACGGGAAAAUCUAGAAUUACAACACAGUGCUUAGACGGCGGAAAAUGGUCUACCACGUAUAUUCCUAGUUGUCAAGAGGUUUACUGUGGUCCUGUGCCUCAAAUUGAUAAUGGAUUUUCUAUUGGCUCAACAAACGUAACUUACCGGGGUGUAGCGACUUACCAAUGUUAUGCUGGAUUUGCAUUUCCGACUGGACAGCCUAUCGAAAGGAUCUCUUGUUUAUCAGAUGGCAGAUGGGAAAGAACUCCAACGUGUCUUGCAUCACAAUGCGUAGCUUUACCUGAUGUCCCACAUGCCAAUGUCACAAUAUUGAACGGCGGUGGUCGCAGCUAUGGUACAAUAGUUCGGUUCGAGUGUGAACCCGGUUAUGUUAGAUCUGGACAGCCUGUUCUUCUUUGUAUGAGUAAUGGAACUUGGUCUGGUGAAGUUCCAACCUGUUCUAAAGUUUUAUGUCCUAAGUUUCCUGAGAUUAAGAACGGAUUCAUCGCCGAUCAAACCAAGCUAUAUAUGUUCGGUGACGAAGCUCGAGUUCAAUGUUAUAAAGGAUUUAAAUUAAAUGGACCCAGCAUAAUCAAAUGUGGACCUAAUCAAAUCUUUGACGCAACUCCAAGUUGUGAAGAUAUCAAUGAAUGUUCAAGUAGUCAAUGUGAUUCAGCUUCAACCGAAUGUAAAAACACACAGGGUGGAUUUUAUUGCCCUUGUCGUCCCGGAUUUACUCCAAGCCUAGAUUGCAAACCUGUCGGUGAUUUGGGCUUAAUUAACGGUGCUAUUCCGGAUGAAUCUAUAACGACUUCCGCUUCUGAACCUGGAUAUUACAAAGGAAUGAUUCGCUUAAACAAUGGAGGAGGUUGGUGUGGAAAUAAUGUUGAGGCUGGUGCAAACUGGGUUUUAAUAGAUCUUAGAGCCCCUACUAUCAUAAGAGGAUUUCGCACAAUGAGCGUUAUGAGAGCAGACGCUAAUAUUGCAUUUACAUCUGCAAUAAGGAUACAAUACACCAAUGAUUUGACCGACGUGUUCAAGGAUUACACUAACCCUGAUGGAACCGCUGUGGAAUUCCGGAUAUUAGAACCUACACUAUCAGUUUUAAAUCUUCCAAUGCCAAUUGAGGCUCAGUACGUUAAAUUUAAAAUACAAGACUAUAUUGGGGCUCCAUGUCUAAAACUAGAAAUUAUGGGCUGCGCCAGACUUGAUUGUUCAGACAUUAAUGAAUGUAAUGAAAAUAAUGGUGGUUGUGACCAGAAAUGUCUCAACAUACCCGGAAACUAUUCAUGUGCUUGUAAUAUUGGUUACGAACUUUAUUCUUAUAAUGGAACAGCUGGAUUUUCUAUAGAGAAUUCUGAGACCGGUGAAAGAGAUGGUGACACAUACCAAAGAAAUAAGUCGUGUGUUCCAGUAAUGUGCCCGCCACUAAACUCGCCAGAAAACGGUAUAUUACUGUCAACUAAAAGUUCCUACCAUUUUGGAGAUGUUGUAGAAUUCCAGUGUGAUUUUGGUUAUGUUAUGUCUGGGUUUUCUUCUCUUCUUUGUACUUCAAGUGGAACGUGGAAUGGAACAGCUCCUGAGUGCCAAUUCGCACGUUGCGUAACAUUAUCCGAUGAUAAAAAUGAUGGUCUAAAAGUAAUUCGAGAUGACCCUGAAAGCGUUUUAGUUCCCUACAGAGAUAACGUUACAAUAACCUGUACUUCUCCUGGUCGUCAACUACGAAACACUCUUACAUCAUCUUUCAGACAAUGUGUUUAUGAUCCAAAACCGGGUCUUCCUGACUAUUGGUUUUCUGGAGCACAACCUCAAUGCCGGCGAAAAGACUGUGGUGUACCUAUGCCCACACCUGGAGCAGAAUAUGGUCAAUAUCUUGACACAAGAUAUCAAAGUUCUUUCUUCUUUGGCUGUCAGAAUACUUUUAAAUUAGCUGGACAAACAAGUAAACAUGACAACGUUGUUAGAUGCCAAGCAAAUGGAAUAUGGGACUUUGGAGACUUGAGAUGUGAAGGACCUGUGUGUGAUGAUCCCGGGCGACCUGCUGAUGGAUAUCAAAUUGCAAGAAGCUACGAACAAGGAUCUGAAGUUCUAUUUGGUUGUUCACGGCCUGGAUACAUUUUAAUCAACCCUAGACCUAUUACGUGUAUUCGUGAGCCAGAAUGUAAAGUAAUAAGGCCUCUUGGUUUAGCUUCGGGUAGAAUACCUGACUCGGCAAUUAAUGCUACUUCAGAGAGGCCUAAUUAUGAAGCAAAGAACAUUAGGCUUAAUUCGGUUACUGGAUGGUGUGGCAAACAAGAAGCCUUUACUUAUGUAAGCGUGGAUUUGGGCAAAGUAUACAGAGUUAAAGCAAUACUUGUUAAAGGUGUUGUAACAUCUGAUAUUGUUGGCCGUCCUACUGAAAUAAGAUUCUUUUACAAACAAGCUGAAAAUGAAAAUUACGUUGUUUAUUUCCCUAACUUCAACUUAACUAUGCGAGAUCCCGGAAACUACGGUGAACUUGCAAUGAUCACACUACCAAAAUAUGUUCAAGCAAGGUUUGUUAUCUUGGGUAUUGUAAGUUUCAUGGAUAAUGCUUGCCUCAAAUUCGAAUUAAUGGGUUGCGACGAGCCAUCUACGGAACCAUUACUCGGCUAUGAUUAUGGAUAUUCACCUUGUGUAGAUAAUGAACCGCCAGUAUUCCAAAAUUGUCCACAACACCCUAUUCUAGUACAAACAGACGUCAAUGGUGGACUUCUUCCGGUCAAUUUUACUGAACCCACUGCGACUGAUAAUUCAGGAGCUAUUGCUAGAUUAGAAGUUACCCCACAACACUUUAGAACACCGAUACAAGUUUUUCAUAAUAUGGUUGUGCGAUAUGUAGCGUUUGAUUUCGAUGGUAAUGUCGCAAUUUGUGAAGUUAAUAUAACAGUACCAGAUUAUACGCCCCCCAAAUUAAGUUGUCCGCAAAGUUACGUUAUCGAACUAGUUGACAAACAAGACAGCUAUGCAGUUAAUUUCAAUGACACUAGAAGAAGGAUAAAUGCUACGGAUGCCUCUGGCGAAGUCACUUUAAAAUUCAUACCCGAAAGAGCUGUUAUUCCUAUACGAGGUUAUGAAAAUGUGACAGUUAUAGCUUCUGAUAAAUAUGGAAAUAAGGCGCAAUGUAAUUUCCAGGUAUCUGUACAAGCAACACCCUGCGUUGAUUGGGAACUUUUACCACCAGCUCAUGGAGCUAUAAAUUGUCUGCCAGGAGACAGAGGAAUUCAGUGUAUUGCAACAUGCAGUCCAGGAUUCAGAUUCACAGAUGGUGAACCAGUUAAAACAUUUGUAUGUGAAACAAAACGUCGAUGGGUCCCUUCUGCAGUAGUUCCCGAUUGUGUUUCUGAAAAUACUCAGCAAGCUGCGUAUCAUGUUGUGGCAAGUGUACAAUACCGAGCUCUUGGAGCAGUUUCAAAUGCAUGCUUACCUCAAUACAAAGAUUUACUUGCUCAGUACGACAGCAUAUUAAAUGAAAGACUAUCUCAACGUUGUUCGGCAGUAAACGUUAACAUUAACGUCACAUUUGUUAAAGCAAUGCCUAGUCUUCUUGAUGAAAAUGUUGUAAAAAUGGAUUUCGUCUUAGCCAUAAUUCCAGCAAUAAAACAAACACAGUUGUAUGAUCUUUGUGGGUCCACACUAAACCUUAUAUUUGAUCUCUCCGUCCCGUAUGCCAGUGCACUUAUUGAACCUGUACUAAAUGUUUCUUCGAUUGGAAAUCAGUGCCCUCCAUUAAGAGCAAUAAGAAGUUCCAUAACACGGGGUUUUACCUGUAGUGUUGGUGAAGUACUAAAUAUGGAUACUACUGAUGUACCUAGAUGCUUGCAUUGUCCCGCUGGAACAUUCGCCGGUGAAAAGCAAAAAAUAUGUACUAUGUGCCCAAGAGGAUACUUCCAAAACCAAGCUCGACAAGGUUCAUGUCUUAAAUGUCCACAAGGGACGUUUACAAGAGAAGAAGGAUCAAAGGACUUAUCUGAUUGCGUGCCUGUAUGUGGUUAUGGAACAUAUUCACCAACAGGAUUAGUUCCUUGCUUAGAAUGUCCAAGAAAUAGCUAUACAGGCGAACCUCCCGUGGGAGGAUUCAAAGAUUGUCAAGCUUGCCCAGUUAACACCUAUACCUAUCAACCAGCCGCCGCUGGAAAAGAUAAAUGUAGAGCAAAAUGUGCGUCAGGCACAUACUCUCCAACCGGCUUGGCUCCAUGCUCACAAUGUCCAAGAAAUUUCUAUCAAAACUCAGUCGGACAAACAUUAUGUAUGGAAUGUCCAACAAAUAUGAAAACUGUUAACACCGGUGCAUCAGGAUUAGAAGAAUGCUUACCAGUUGAAUGUUCGAAUAGUGCCUGUCAGCAUGGAGGAUUGUGUGUACCGAAAGGCCAUGGUGUUCAGUGUUACUGUCCUGCUGGAUUUUCAGGACGUAGAUGUGAGAUAGAUAUUGAUGAAUGCGAAAGUCAACCUUGUUAUAAUGGAGGCACAUGCAUCGACUUACCUCAAGGAUAUAGAUGCUCUUGUCCCACAGGCUAUGGAGGUAUUAACUGUCAAGAAGAAAGAUCUGAUUGUAGAAAUGAUACUUGCCCCGAACGUGCAAUGUGCAAAGACGAACCUGGAUUUAAUAAUUAUACUUGUUUGUGUAGAUCAGGUUACACUGGCAUAGAUUGUGAUAUAUCGAUUGAUCCGUGUUCAGCAAAUGGCAAUCCUUGUAAAAAUGGAGCUUCCUGUACAGCUCUGCAACAAGGGAGGUUUACAUGUGAAUGUUUACCUGGAUGGGAGGGACAGCUUUGCGAAACUAAUACUAAUGACUGUGUUGAAAAGCCGUGUCUUCUCGGUGCACCUUGCACUGAUUUAGUCAAUGACUUCAGUUGUGCAUGUCCACCCGGCUUCACAGGAAAACGAUGUCAUGAAAAAAUUGAUCUUUGUUCUACUCAACCUUGUAAACAUGGAAUUUGCGUUGACAAACUGUUUGUACACCAAUGCAUAUGUGAUCCAGGGUGGACAGGACCGUCGUGUGAUAUUAAUAUCAAUGAAUGCGUAAUUUCUCCGUGUGAAAAUGGAGGUCGUUGUAUUGACACAAUAGACGAUUUCACUUGUAGCUGUGAAGCAGGUUUUACGGGCAAAAGAUGUCAACAUACUAUCGAUGAUUGUGCUUCAGAACCUUGCCAAAACGGUGCAACUUGUAUAGAUCAAAUAGACGGAUUUACUUGCAAAUGCCGUCCAGGAUUUAUCGGAUUGCAGUGUGAAUCAGCAAUAGAUGAAUGCUUAAACGAACCUUGUAAUCCUACGGGAACAGAAAAAUGUAUUGACUUGGAUAACAAAUUCCAAUGCCAGUGUCGUGAAGGUUUCACGGGUGAAAUGUGUGAAAAUAACAUUGACGAUUGUGCCUCCGAUCCAUGUUUCAACGGAGGAUCAUGCAAAGAUGAAAUUAAUGACUAUAAAUGUACUUGUCAACCUGGUUGGACUGGUAAACGAUGUGAACGUGAUAUUGGAAAUUGCGUGAAUUUACCUUGUCAAAAUAAUGCGAAAUGUAUCGACCUCUUCCAAGACUAUUUCUGUGUAUGUCCGAGUGGUACUGAUGGCAAACAAUGUGAAACGGCACCUGAAAGAUGUAUUGGCAGCCCUUGCAUGCACGGUGGAAAGUGCCAAGAUUUCGGCUCCGGCUUAAACUGCACUUGUUCAUUAGAUUACAUGGGUAUUGGCUGUCAAUAUGAAUUCGAUGCUUGUGAAGCAGGUCUCUGCCAGAAUGGAGCUACAUGCAUUGACGAAGGAGAGGGAUAUUCUUGUAUCUGCGCUCCUGGAUUUACAGGGAAAAACUGUGAUGAAGAUAUUAUUGAUUGUAAAGACAACUCUUGUCCACCAUCAGCAACGUGUAUAGAUUUGCCGGGCAGAUUUUAUUGUCAAUGUCCAUUUAAUCUAACGGGUGACGACUGCAGAAAAACAAUUAGCGUGGAUUACGAUCUUUACUUUAGUGAUCCACUCCGCUCCAGUGCUGCCCAAGUUGUACCCUUCGCUACAGGAUCUGCUGAUAGCUUAACAAUUGCAAUGUGGGUGCAAUAUACCCAGCAAGAUGAAGGCGGUAUUUUCUUUACAGCUUAUGGCGUGAGCAAUUCACAUAUUGCCCUUAACAAAAGAACAAUUAUACAAGCACAUUCAAACGGCGUACAAGUAUCACUUUUCCCAGAGCUACAAGAUGUUUACUUAAGUUUUGGUGAAUUUGCAACAGUUAAUGAUGGACAAUGGCAUCACGUUGCCUUGGUAUGGGACGGAAGUAAUGGUGGUGAACUAACACUUAUUACGGAAGGCUUAAUCGCUAGUAAACUUGAAGGAUAUGGAAGUGGAAAAUCACUUCCACCUUACGUUUGGGUAACGUUAGGAAAACCACAAUCGGACAAUCCCAAGGCUUACACUGAAUCGGGCUUCCAAGGCCAUUUAACAAAAGUACAAAUAUGGAACCGAGCUCUUGACGUAACUAAUGAAAUCCAAAAACAAGUUCGCGAUUGUAGAACUGAGCCAGUACUAUAUAGUGGAUUAGUUCUCACUUGGGCCGGGUAUGAAGACACUAUUGGUGGCGUAGAAAGAAUUGUACCGUCUCACUGCGGACAAAGAGUAUGUCCAAAUGGUUAUAUAGGUUCCAAAUGCCAACAACUACAAGUAGACAAAGAACCUCCGAGAGUAGAUAGGUGUCCUGGUGAUCUUUGGGUUAUCGCUAAGAAUGGAACAUCAAUCGUUAACUGGGAUAUACCCAUGUUUAGCGAUAAUGUUGACAUCGCGCGGGUAGUUGAGAAAUCUGGACACAAACCAGGACAAAACCUUGCAUGGGGAGCAUACGAUAUCGCAUACAUAGCAUAUGACAAUGCAGGGAAUGCUGCAACCUGUACUUUCAAAGUAACAGUUUUAUCUGAAUUCUGUCCACCAAUGCCUGAUCCACUUGGUGGUUACCAAUCGUGUCGCGAUUGGGGUGCAGGAGGCCAAUUUAAGGUCUGUGAAAUCGCUUGUCGUGAUGGUCUUCGAUUUUCACAACCGGUACCACCAUUUUAUACGUGUGGAGCAGAAGGUUUCUGGCGACCUACGAGUGAUCCAUCCCUACCUCUUAUUUACCCAGCUUGUUCCCCUGCAACGCCCGCUCAGCGUGUCUUCAAAAUAUCAAUGCUGUUUCCUAGUUCUGUGCUUUGUAAUGACGCUGGACAAGCAGUACUUAGACAAAAAGUUCGAAGUGCUAUUAACCAACUGAACAGAGAUUGGAGCUUCUGUUCAUAUGCUGUCGAUGGUACAAGGGAAUGUAAGGAACUAGAUAUUAAUGUGAAAUGUGAUCACCGCGCUAACGUUCGGCAGACGAGACAAGUAUCAUCUCCUCCUACGACAAACUCGAAAGACACAUACGUCCUCGAUGCUAUUAUACCAGUUGAAGAGACAAGAAGCAAUAGAGAAGGUCGUCAAGCUGGAGAUACAUACAGCGUCGAACUGUCUUUCCCGGCGGUCAACGAUCCAGUAAUCAACAACGCUAACAACGAACGCUCGACUGUAAAGUCAUUGUUAGAGAAACUUAUCCUCGAAGACGAACAAUUCGAUGUACGAAAUAUACUUCCGAACACCGUCCCAGACCCGGCUAGCUUGAAACUUGAAUCAGACUAUGCUUGUCCUAUGGGACAGGUUGUUAUGGCGCCGGAUUGUGUGGCAUGCGCUGUGGGUACAUUCCUGGAUGUUGCAAGCGACUCGUGUAAACCAUGCCCUGCCGGUUCUUAUCAAUCUGAGGCCGGUCAACUACAAUGUACACCCUGUCCUGCAAUUGCUGGUCAACCCGGUGUCACUCAAGCCACAGGAGCUAGAAGUGCAGCUGAUUGUAAAGAGAGAUGUGCCGCUGGUAAAUAUUACGACGCAGAAGCGGAGCUUUGUAGGCCUUGCGGUCACGGUUCUUAUCAGCCUCGCGAAGGAGCGUUUUCUUGUAUAGCCUGCCCGAGAGGUCAAACCACACGCGCCACAGAAGCAGUGUCUGCUGCUGAAUGUAGAGACGAUUGUCCAUCAGGCGAGCAGCUGAGCAGUGACGGCGGCUGCGAGCCGUGCGGGCGCGGCACGUGGCGCGCCACCGGCUCGGGCGCCGCGUGCGCGCCGUGCCCGCCCGGCACCACGACGCCGCAGGCGGGCGCCGCGUCCCCGGACCAGUGCUCGCUGCCGGUGUGCAGGCCCGGUUCCUUCCUCAACGUUACCCUGAAUACAUGCAUACAGUGUAAGAAGGGCACGUACCAGUCGGAAAUGCAACAGACUCUCUGUAUACCUUGCCCUAUCAACACCAGCACAAGAGGACCGGGUGCGACAUCGGAGUCGGACUGCACAAACCCUUGCGAGAUGAGCGGCCCUGAGAUGCACUGCGACACGAAUGCCUAUUGUCUACUGAUACCGGAAACUAGUGAAUUCAAGUGUCAAUGUAAACCUGGUUUUAAUGGCACCGGAAAAGUUUGUACUGAUGUUUGUCAAGACUUCUGUGACAACGGUGGCGAAUGUGUAAAGGACGCCCGAGGUGAACCAUCGUGUCGCUGCGCUGGCUCGUUCACUGGUCGCCAUUGCAGAGACAAAAGCGAAUUCGCCUACAUUGCUAGUGGUGUUGCGGGCGGAGUGAUCUUCAUCAUAUUCCUUGUUCUUCUUGUAUGGAUGAUUUGUGCAAGGUCGACAAAGAAGAGAGAACCAAAGAAAACACUAACACCAGCUAUAGACCAAAACGGAUCUCAAGUCAACUUCUACUACGGAGCACACACGCCGUAUGCGGAAUCUAUUGCGCCGUCACAUCACUCCACUUACGCACAUUAUUAUGACGAUGAAGAAGACGGCUGGGAGAUGCCUAACUUCUACAACGAAACAUACAUGAAGGAGAGUUUGCAUAAUGGCAUGAAUGGGAAAAUGAAUAGCUUAGCACGAUCGAACGCUAGCAUAUACGGAACGAAAGAGGAUCUGUACGACAGAUUAAAGAGACAUGCGUAUCCUGGUAAGAAAGAUAAGAGUGACAGCGACAGUGAGGGUCAAUAAACAUAUCGAAGGACUGCGUUUUGUCGUAUUCUGGUCAAACUAUACAAUACUAUGUCGUGUUAGUUUCAACUCUCGGUGUCUUGUUAUGCAAUUAAAAUUAGAACUUUUUUAUGACUUAUUUUUAUCGGUCAUGUUGCCGGGAGAUAUUUUAUAGUAACUUUGUACUCUGCUAGCUUUAUUAUUAGUUUUAUUUUGAAGUAUUAACACACUCACUGUUUUAUGGCCCCACCAAACCUAAUAUUUGUAAUCAUAAUUCACUUUAGGUGCUGAAGCAAAAAUCUUAAAACGACAAUAUUUUUGGCUAUUUGAUUAUUUAACUGGAAACAGUGAAUGUGUUGAUGUUCUGAUAUUAUGAUCAACGAAUGUGAAAUGCUCAAAUAUUUUAGGCAAAAGCCAUAUCGAAAAACAGGUCUAUUAUUUGACUUUUAUAAUAAUAAUACGAUGACAAUCUCAUGCAAUUAUAGCUAUUACAACGAAGUGUAAAUAUACUUUAUAAUAUUUUUGUAUAUUUAUAGUAGACCUCAAAAACGGUGUUUAGUUGUAAUAUUAUUUCUAUUAUAGGUAAGCUAUGUACUUUGCGUGAGCAAUGAUCAAAUCAUAAAUGUUGUGUUGAUAUUUUAAGUUGUAUUAUAAACCGGACUGUAUUUUAUAACAAUACAUUAUGUAAAAAAGUGUGUGGGUGUAUAUUAAGAGAGAAUGUAUAGAAUGUUUUAUAUAAAAUGAAUGUAAUUUGAUAAGCUAUAUAAUACGGGAACAUAAUAAGUUUAUUAUUUAAAAUAAUUCUUUCAAUUUACAAACUUAAUGAAAUCGAUAAUAUAAAUAACCAUUGAAUUAUAAUAAUUAUUAUAAUACUCAUUGAUUUCGUGCGUGGUUUGUAGGUACCCCAUCACAAUUAUUACCACAUUAGUGAUUACUUGAACGAUAAUAUUUUACAAAGAAAUAAAUUAACAUUAUAUAUAGA